GACAGUCCAGGAGGCUGAUCUCGCGGGAUAUUCUGCGUCUGAGCUGAAAGUCGCGGGGGAAGGUAGCUGUAGGGCCAAGUCUGAGAGAGGGUGAGGGGUCCAAUUGCUGGCUUGCUGUCCCACCCAGCGGAACGCGAGACGACUAGGUGAGCGCCGCCCUAGCAGCCUCACGGCGCUCUCCGCCCUGGACGCCGCCUCUCGGGCUCCCCUGGUGCUCCCCCUCGCCCGCUGGCGCCGCGCUUCCGGGGCGAUGUACUCAGUGCUGCAGAAAGCGGCGUUGGACUCAGUCUUCUCGCCCUCCGCCUCCUCCGCCUCCUCCGCCUCCUCCGCCGCCGGUCGCGUUUGGUACGCCGCCAGGCUGCUCGGCCCCUCCCCCUGGCCAGAUGGAUCCUUCUGCCCCCAAGCUGCGCUCGGAAAACGCCGGCAAAGACAUAUGGCAUCCAGGAGAAAGAUGUCUUGCGCCUUCUCCAGAUAAUGAGACACUUUGUGAAGCAAGCAUAAAAUCUAUCAUAGUGGAUGAAAAUGGGAAGUCAUUUGCAAUCGUCUUAUAUUCAGAUUUUCAAGAAGGAAAAGUACCUCUUAAAAGACUUGAAGAAGUAAAAUCUGUUAAAAAUUGCUCCAGGAAUUUUAUAUUUGAUGAUGAAGAUUUGGAAAAACCUUGUUUCCCAGGCCGAAAAUUUCCAUCAUCUGCUGUAGCUUUUCCAUUAUCUGCAGAUGGAGACUCUAUUCCUUAUACUAUUAACAGAUAUUUGAGAGACUACCAAAGGGAAGGAGCCCAGUUUCUCUAUGCACACUUCAUCCAAGGAAAAGGAUGUAUUCUUGGUGAUGACAUGGGACUUGGAAAAACCGUACAGGUUAUUUCAUUUUUGGCUGCAGUUUUGCAUAAAAAGGGAACUCGUGAAGAUAUUGAAAACAAUAUGCCAGAGUUUUUACUAAGAAGUAUGAAAAAGGAGCCUCCUUCUUCUACAGCAAAAAAGAUGUUCUUAAUAGUUGCUCCUCUUUCUGUCCUCUACAACUGGAGGGAUGAAUUGGACACUUGGGGAUAUUUCAGAGUCACUAUUUUACAUGGUAACAAAAAAGACAAUGAACUGGUUCGUGUAAAGCAGAGGAAGUGUGAAAUUGCUCUAACAACUUAUGAAACGCUACGUUUAUGUCUAGAUGAACUUAACAGUUUGGAAUGGUCAGCUGUCAUUGUGGAUGAAGCUCAUAAAAUCAAGAAUCCAAAGGCUAGAGUAACAGAAGUUAUGAAAGCUUUGAAAUGUAAUGUUCGCAUUGGCCUCACUGGAACCAUUCUUCAGAACAACAUGAAAGAACUGUGGUGUGUUAUGGAUUGGGCUGUGCCAGGACUUUUAGGUAGUAGGAUCCACUUCAAGAAGCAGUUUUCUGACCCAGUAGAACAUGGUCAGAGACACACAGCAACAAAAAGAGAACUAGCUACUGGUCGAAAGGCCAUGCAAAGGCUUGCAAAGAUGAUGUCUGGAUGGUUUCUCAGGCGCACCAAGACUCUAAUCAAGGAUCAGUUGCCUAAGAAGGAAGACCGGAUGGUGUAUUGUUCUCUGACAGAUUUUCAGAAAGCUGUCUAUCAAACAGUAUUAGAAACCAAAGAUGUGACUUUGAUACUUCAGUCUUCUGAACCCUGUAGCUGCAGCAGUGGCCGGAAAAGGAGAAAUUGUUGUUAUAAGACCAAUUCACAUGGUGAAACAGUGAAAACCUUGUAUUUCAGUUACCUUGCAGUCCUUCAGAAGGUAGCUAACCAUGUUGCACUACUGCAGUCUGCUAGCACCUCCAAACAACAGGAAACACUUAUCAAAAGGAUAUGUGAUCAGGUAUUUUCCAAGUUCCCAGAUUUUGUGCAGAAAAGCAAAGAUGCAUCCUUUGAAACCCUUUCUGACCCAAAAUACAGUGGGAAAAUGAAGGUCCUUCAGCAGCUUUUAAAUCAUUGCAGGAAAAACAAAGAUAAAAUACUACUUUUCUCCUUUUCCACCAAGUUGCUUGAUGUUCUGCAGCAGUACUGUAUGGCGGCUGGGUUUGAUUACCGUCGACUUGAUGGAAGCACCAAAUCAGAGGAAAGAAUCAAGAUUGUAAAAGAGUUCAACAGUACACAAGAUGUUAACAUUUGCCUUGUCUCCACAAUGGCUGGUGGAGUAGGCCUUAAUUUUGUUGGUGCCAAUGUUGUUGUAUUAUUUGAUCCUACUUGGAAUCCAGCCAACGAUCUUCAAGCAAUUGAUAGAGCAUAUAGGAUUGGGCAGUGCAGGGAUGUGAAAGUAUUUAGGCUGAUAUCUUUGGGAACUGUGGAGGAGAUCAUGUACUUGCGACAGGUAUACAAGCAGCAACUUCACUGUGUGGUGGUUGGAAGUGAAAAUGCCAAGCGAUAUUUUGAAGCAGUUCAAGGAUCAAAAGAGCAUCGAGGAGAGCUGUUUGGGGUCUAUAAUCUCUUCAAACUAAGGUCUCAAGGGUCUUGUCUUACGAGGGACAUCUUAGAGAGAGAAGGCAAAGUGGAGGCAGGAAUCAUGACAGCUACAACAUGGUUGAAAGAGGAACCUCCAGUACACAAACAAGAGAUGUCUAGAGAGCCUGACUGUCAAGAACACAGAGGUCUAGAACAACCUGCAGAGUUGCCAACAAAAGAAACAUGUGAUCCCUGCAGUGAUUUUAGUGAUGAUGAAUCAUUGGGAAACUCAAGAAUAAAGACUGCUAAAAACAAAGCAUCUGACUCAAGUAAAGCUUCAGGUUCUCCUGGACAGCUUACCUUACUCCAUUGUGGUUUCUCUAAAUUGUUUGAAACAAAAUGUAAAGCAGUUGAGAACAGUGAUGGAAAUAUUGCCUCUGAUGAUGAAAGUUCUGAUGAACAGCCCAUGUGUCUUUCAGUAGAAGCCAAAGAUGUUGGUUAUCAGAAAAGUCAUGACUCUCUUGGUACUUCACAACAUCAGAAAUUAACUAACAUCCUAAAUCCAAAUGAAAAAUGUACUUUUGAUAAAAGUGAGAAAAUUUUUGAACAAAAUAUUUCUUCUGAGUCUGAUGAUGAGAAAAAAUUUAAAAAUACAGCUGACCCCCAUUGCAUUUUACACAGUGCCACAGAAGCAGAAGAUAGUGAUGUCAUCUUUCCCACACAAUAUACAACUCAGAGAUGCCCUAAGAAUGGUAUAAAGUUUAAGCCACUCGUGGAUGGAUCUCAAGAUUCUGAAACAGAAAAUCCUAUAAAAAUAAGAAAUAAUGGUGAUGAUAGAAAGACUGAUGUCAAAGGAAAGAGAUCAAUUUCAAAACAAUUAAAUCCUGAGAAUGUGACCCUGAAAUCUAUUAUGAAAAGAAAAGGAAGUAGUGAUAUUAGUGAUGAGUCUGAUGACAUUGAAAUUUCCUCUGAGUCAGGAGUAAGAAAGCGAAAAGCUACAAGUUCUUUGAGGUUUAAGAGAAAAAAGGAAAAUAAAAAAGAAGUUCGCACUUUUCCUAAAACAGUGAGGAAAACAUAUCAACCUUAUGCAGCAGAUGGAGAUUGUAACUCUCAGGCUGUUGAUGAUUUUUCAUCCUCAGAUGACGAUUUAACUGUUCACCACAUCAGUUUCUCUAAACAGAGCCAUACACAAAAAACUAUGAAAGAUAGAAUCAGUUUCUCUUCAAAAUUGCCUAACCAUAAGAAAAAUAGCAUGUUUGUGCCAAGAAAAUCAAUGAAAUUUUCAAAUGAGAGAGCUGUCAAUCAAGAGGGAAUGAAUGAAUCAAUGGAUAAAUUUUUAGAUGGUGUUCAGGAAGUGGCUUAUAUUCACUCCAACCAGACUGUGAUUGGAUCCAGCAAAGCUGAAAAUCACAUGAGCCGAUGGGCAGCACGGGAUGUGUUUGAAUUGAAGCAGUUUUCCCAGCUUCCUGCCAAUGUUGCUGUUUGUACUUCUAAGACGCAUAAAGAAAAAAUGAAGACAGAUACAUUGACACGUACAGAGAAAGGCCAACAACUAAGUGAAGGAAACAUUUCAUUUCCUCUCUACAUUUCACACCCUGUAAGUAAGAAGAAGAAAAUAGUCUACCGCACAGAACAGACCAUCUUCAUAAUUGGAGAAACGCCAAAAGGGAUCCGCAGAAAACAAUUUCAAGAAAUGGCUUCUUAUUUUAACUUCCCUUCUGUAAAGGAAUUUGCUAGCCAUAUAACCAAUGCCACAUCAGAAGAACGACAGAAAAUGCUAAAAGACUUUUAUGCUUCUCAAUAUCCAGAGGUAAAAGAUUUUUUUGUGGAUUCUGAUGCAGAACUCAUUAAAUCUUCCCAUCGGAAAAGAGAGAGUGUCAGGAAUAAGUCUGAAAAAAAUGAAUCUCUUAUAAAAGAAAGGCUGUCAGAUUCUGAAACUUUGUCAUUUAAAGAUUCUUCCAAAAAAGUUUCUCAAAUCUAUAGCCCAAAAAUACAUAAAGAAAAAUCAGUUAAGUUUCAAAAUCACAGUUUCCAUAGAGAAGUGGUGCUUUCUAAUGAUGGAGAAACUAAUGAAUCACCUCUAAGUUCAACCCAAGAGACUGACAGUGGGAAAAACAGCCAAGCCCCUAAAAACAUUAUAGCAUCCUGUUCCCUGAACACUAAGUCUGAAGCAGAUGAGUUAGAAAAAUUGGAAUAUACCAUGAAAGAUGAACAAAACCCAACAAGAACAGGCAUUUCAAGAAAUGAGCCCCUUUUCAAAGUGGAAAACAAAAAGCUAAAAAAUCCAGUGUUAGGAGACACUUCUGUGGUAGGCUUACUUGGUGACACGUCUAUUCUUGAUGACCUCUUUAAAAGUCAUGGGAACGGUCCCACACAACUGCCAAGGAAAGUUCUUUCAGGGCCCAUGGAAAAAGCAAAACAGAGACCAAAAGAUUUCUGGGACAUCUUGAAUGAACAGAAUGAUGACAGUCUUAGUAAACUCACCGACUUGGCAGUGAUAGAGACUCUGUGUGAAAAAGUGCCCCUUGCUGCAUCCUCCAAAAGGAAAGAGGAGCUGGAAACCUCACUUUGGAAAUCAAAUGAGAAAUUUUUGUGGAAAAAAUUGAGUUCAAGUGAUACAAAUGAAAACACAAUGAAUGCACAAAAGUAAUGCAUAAAGAAACAGAAUGAAUUACUGUGACCAGUGGACUUCAGCCACCUGUCUUUACAGCUCUGUAUUCCACACUCACUACGUUUACCUGCAUCACAGCUGUCGACACACAUUUUUAUUAAACACUUGCUCUAGCGCUGUUUUAGCCUAAAAGGUUAUCAUGUAUUUGUUUUCCUUGAUAUCUGAUUUGAUCUUUUAAAAAUAUGAUUGAAUUAUAGUAUAAACAUCUUUAUGAAAUAGAAAAGGUCUAGAUUUGUUAUCAGGAAACCUGGGACAUCUCCCUUACUGUGUAAUUAUGUGCCUGCAGAUAAGUCACUUAUACUUACCUUGGUGUGCAGAUAGUUCCUAAUAUGAAAGAUGAAGGGUUUGAACUCAAAGAACAAUGUGUGUCCUUCCAGCUUAAAAAAAGCUUUGGUUUACUCUCCCAGAUUCCAUGAAGUCACAGGGCAAAAUAUGGUCAUCCCCCAAAUCAGGUGUACAUUGAUGUCUUUCUUUCUUAGUAGCAUUUUGAAAAUUAUUAACUGUUUUACUUUUUCCAAAGUAUCAUUCAUGUACUAUUACUAAAUUAUUUUAGAUGAAAGUAAUAGCUAGUACUGAACAUAUGAUGUUGUAUUAAAAUAAUAAGUUUAUAACUGCUCAAAAUCAAAGGGUUAAUGUAUAACUGUACUACAAAAGUCAUAUGUAUAACUGUAUGACAAGUCAUAAAACCAAUAGCCACAGAACACAAUGCCUCAACUUUUAUACAACAGGAUUUAAUCAAUAUAAAUUAAACUUUGUGUAGUAUUUUUAUAUUAAGUAUGGAGAAAUGAAACAUUUUAUUUAAAACUCUUCUAUUUUGUUGAAUUUAAUUUAUAUGGUAUACAAUCUACAGAUUAUGCUUAUUGUUGAAUUAAUUUAUGUGGAAACAUCCAUUCAGUCUCUAUGUAUACUGUGCCAGAGGCUUGAGAUGCACAGGUGAGUUACCACUACAGGUAAAAAACAGGAAACCACCUCUGUAAAGAGUCACAUCUAUAAAGCCCCUGUCCUCAUGCCUGGCAUGUGGUAGCAGGGACCCGAGGCUUCUACUGAUCCACAUUCAGAUGCACGGUGGCUCAUUUCCUUCAGUGGAGCUCUGGGAGCUUGGGUGGGCAGGAGGAAAAAUAGGAAAUAGCAAUGAGCCAGGAAGGGGUGGUGCUCGGAGCCCAGGGCCUUCAGAGUACCCAGCUUGCAGGAGAACCAUGGCUGUAAAUGGAGAAAUAAAAACAAAAAAACAAAUCUUUUCUCAAGGGACCAAGUGACCAAAUAUGUUCUUUGGGAUGUUGUUGAGAGCUGUGAAAUCUAUUUUAUAUCAUGACCCAGUACAUAUGUGUUAAUACAUAUAUAAGAUUAAAAUAAAAUGUUUAUGAAAUAAUAUUUA